CAAGCAGGUAGUAAAGGCUGCGGAUAUAAACAGUUCGUCUCUUCAUAUUUCUCUCAUCUAGUUGAGUAAUUUUCGGCACUGAGUUUGUUAUUGAAUAUCCUUGUUGUACCGUCAGCUAGAGAAAGGUGAGCCAUGAAGCUGUGUUGUGUUCCUCUGCUCUGCCUGGCAGCAGCUGUGUCCUCUGCCUUUGUGGUUUCUACUCCACACAUGUGGACUAAACUGAUCCUGACCCACCACUGGCCCACGACCUUCUGUGGUAUGGAACACUGUCAUGUCAACAUUAGCUACUGGACACUACAUGGACUAUGGCCUGAUAAAGGGAUCGACUGCAAUUCAUCUUGGCAUUUCAACUCUUCACUAAUAGAGGAUUUGCUCCCAGACAUGGAGAAAAGUUGGCCUGACUUACUUAACCCCUUAUCUACUGGAUUCUGGAAGUACGAGUGGCACAAACAUGGUACGUGUGCUGCCAAAGCACCUUCUCUGAAUAGUCAGCAUAAGUAUUUCAGUAAAGCACUGGAACUAUACCACAAAGCGGACUUGGACAGCAUCCUAAAGAAGUUUGACAUCAUCCCUUCAGAGCAGAAGUACCAGUUCCGUCAUAUUGAAGGUGUCAUAGAAAACUUCUACGGUGUCAAACCUAAGAUCCAAUGUGUGCAACCAUCAAAGAACGCAGAUUACCAGAUUUUGGGACAGAUUGAGAUCUGUUUCAGCCCUGAUUUCACUCCACUUGACUGUGAGAAACAAAGUACCCCGGGAGCAUUUUCUGAGGACUGGAAAUUUUCAGGCCGUGUGAACAGGCCGUCUGGGUUCAGCGUAUGUGACCAUGAUGUGCCAGUUUAUUAUCCACCUCUGUCAUGAAGCACAUGGACACACACUCGAGUCAUAGACAAGAACAACGUGUUUACAAUGAGACAAGAACGGCAUUGAAUACAAUCUAAUUCAGCGCACACAUUGACUUAAAAUAUUGUAAUUUUUCUUUAAAUGUUUAGUACAAGCAUUAAUGCAUGUGAUCCCAUAAUGUCUGCUUGAAAUGUUUUAUUACAAAUACUUGAAAAAAAUCACCGUAUGUGCACAGUACUUUUUAUAUCCUGCAAAAACCAGGGCAUGCGCACACUCCGCUAUUACGCAGCACUGUAAUGGAAUUAUGUCCCUCCCUGACCCUUACUAGUAGAUGAAUCCGACAACGCACAGCAUGUUUUUUUUUUUUUCCCGAAGCACAGCAGGGGAGUCAGGUCAGGCACACAGACUGUACGUACUGUAAUUCUGGCGCUGCAAAGCAUGAGGAUCCUGAGAGUUUCUAUCUGAUAUUUGACCAUCCAACCAAAAACUCCAGAUUGUAAGAUUGAUCUGGCCUUGUUUUAUACUUGUACUACAGAAACGAUAUUUUUAAGGGCUUUAACUGCAAUACAGUCUUAAUAAUUUAAGCCAAUACAUUCAAGUAAUGUUUGAUCAUUUUAAAUCGAGUGCCAUUUUUUUUAGUUUCAUUUUUAUGACUGAAUUUUAUGACAGAAUUUUUAUGAUGAAUGUCAAAAUCUACAUUAAAAUCUUGUUUUUUUACACACUCUCUAACACAUGCCAUGUAAAUUCAACUCAGUAUGCACUAUAUUGUGAUGUAGGGCUGAACUACUGCCAAAUGUUGCCAGUUGUACCAAGUAAUAUCAAAAUGUUUUUCAGGAUGUAGCAGAUUUUAAUAGUUAACACUUUAUAACCCUGUAGAAGCCAAUAACAUAACAAUGGCCGAUAACAUAAUAGUGGCCACUUAUGUAAUACAUUUUCCAUUUUUAAAAUGUAGUAACAUAAUAAAAGUCCUGAACUGAUAACAUAAAAAAAAAAAAUUAUUAGCAAUGUAAUAACUUAGCCAAUAAUGUAAUAAUAAAUUAAUAUCACUGUAUUUAAGUUUCAUUUAUUAGAUAUAAUAGUGAUAAAAUCUCCCUCUCAUUUUAAAAAUGGCAAAUUUAUUACAUUAUCAGUUGUUAUUACAUUAUUAGCUUCUACAAACCCCAUACUGAUUUGUGUUAUGACUUGGUGGUGUUGUGUAGAUUAAUCUAUAAUUUGCACAGAAUCAAUUGAUUUGCAAUAACAGAUAAAAGCCGUGUAUGAAAUGA